GAAAAAAAAAAGAGAGUAAAAAAGCUAUGUGUGCGUAUGUUUUAAUUAACGACAUAAUACAAGGACCAUCUUUAAAAAAAAUAAAAAUAAAAAUACUGUAAUAAUACAAGGAGGAAUACUGAUAUUUGCAUAAUUACAUCUUUAUUUUGGCGAGAAUUCUACACAAUCCCUAGUUAACGUGAGGAGGGUAUAAUCGGAAAUGCAGCAUCAUCUGUGUGUUAUAUAUAUAGAGUUAAGCAAAUUAGGGUUUCUUGUCACUCUCACAUCAGCUCUUCAUUUUCUCUAAACCCUCCCGCAGCUUUCUCCAUCGCCGCGCCGCAGCAAUGGCUUCCGAGAAGAAGUUGAGUAAUCCGAUGCGGGAAAUCAAGGUACAGAAGUUGGUUCUGAACAUCUCCGUCGGAGAGAGCGGAGAUCGGCUCACCAGAGCUGCUAAGGUACAUCUGCCGCACCCUGUAAAUAACUUUCAGUUUGUUGUUUUGAGCAUUUGGUCCAGGCUUCGUUUAUUCAAUGGAAGCAGAGGAAAGUAACUCACCUUUUUCCCCUUUUUUUUAUUUGGUCUUGAUAUAGGUCUUGGAACAACUUAGCGGCCAAACCCCUGUUUUCUCCAAGGGUACGCUCCUCCCCGAACUAGUUUCUUUGUUAUUAUUUAUUGUGGGGAAAUAAUUUCUGUGGAAUAUUGAAAAUUUCAGAUGCGAUGUUUGAAAGGAUGAGUUUAGGUUUUAGGUGUGUGAAUUAGACCUAAAUAAAAUAAACAUGAAGUGUUUUUUCUUUUGCGUUUGGUGUUUGUUUGGGGAAAGGUUGAGUGUAAUGUAAUUUGUUGCCCUUCAAAAGGGAUAAGAAGGCUUUUUAUCUGGCUGUUGUUUAGGACAUGUUAUCAGUCUGGUGAUUAGAUAUGAGCCUAUAUUUGUGACGGAUUUCCUGUUGAUUCCCUAUUGUAGUUCUAUUUGUUUAUUCUGUUUCUUUCGCCAGAUUAGUACUUUGUAAAUGCAAUCAAUAUUUUGAUAAUUUGUGAUUGGCUAUGGUUUUUAAUGUCAAGAACUGUUUUUCUUUUGUGCUUCCCCCCUCAUUUACUCUGCUGAUGUGUGUUUUAUGAAUAGUGUGUUUGAGGAUGAGAAACUCUUUGUCACCUGGUUUUUUUAUGUCUCUUACAGCUAGAUACACUGUGAGGUCUUUUGGAAUCAGGCGUAAUGAAAAGAUUGCUUGCUAUGUCACUGUUAGGGGUGACAAGGCAAUGCAACUCCUUGAGAGUGGCUUGAAGGUCAAGGAGUACGAGUUGCUCAGGAGAAACUUUAGCGACACUGGCUGCUUCGGCUUUGGUAUUCAAGAGCACAUUGAUCUUGGAAUCAAGUAUGAUCCGUCCACUGGUAUCUAUGGUAUGGACUUCUACGUUGUCUUGGAACGUGCUGGGUACCGGGUUGCUCGCCGACGUAGGUGCAAGUCUCGCGUUGGGAUCCAGCACAGAGUUACCAAGGAGGACGCAAUGAAGUGGUUCCAGGUCAAGUAUGAAGGUGUCAUCCUUAACAAGGCCCAGAAUCUCCCCACUGCUUAAGUGGUCAUCAUUAGACGAUAUUUUGUAGUAGAACAGUCCUUUUUAUCAUCUACAAAUGCUUAAGUUUUGUGAGAUUGCUGCAGACCAUAUAUGUUCGUUGGUACUAUUUAUGACGAAAGUGAAUUUAAGCUGCACAUCCUUUUUGGUUUAGUUUUGCCAGUAGUUAUUAUUGUUUCAGUUGCUGCGACAAGUACAUUUGGUUAAAUUUGGUUAGUAAAGCAUUGUUAUGGAUGCAUUUCAGUCUGUUAGUGUGAUAAAAUGUCUCUUGUUGGGUUUAGUGUUUAAUGUUUCAAGUCUUUUGGAGUUCAAUGUUCUGUAUUACCUCAGGAAACAAAACAGCAACCGUGUCCCCUCUAGGAGGAUGCCAUGGCAUAUGCCAUUUCUUGACUGUUAAUUUAAAAGCACUGCACAUAGAAGAAUGCCAUUUCUGGCCUGUUAAUUUGAAAGCCUCUUUUUGAAACACUGCACAACACUUUCACAUAUUUACAGCUCUAUAAACACUUCUGAGAUAGGAAGUAGAUGAAUUGGAAUUGUCAAGGCCAAUGGGAAUAACAAAGCUUGCUUGAAACCCAAUCACUUUACUUUCCGGGGGGACAUCGAAUCUAUUCUCCUUUCUGCUUAGUGUCUCUACCCAUAUGAGUUUCUGAUCCAGCUGUGAAAGGAAACUAUUGCCUCAUCUGCGCUGAAAUUUGUAACUAAGGGAGUGUUCUGAUGAGGUUAUCUGAGGGAGUGUUCUGGUAAGG